UAGGUUGCAUUCUCUCCCUCGUCUAGGUUGCUAGAAGACGGGAACUCUAUCCCGUUUAUUGCUCGCUACAGGAAGGAACAAACUGGAGGAAUGGACCCAGACACUCUCAGAACCUUCAAAGAGUCCUUCGAAGGACUGAAGUCAGUUCAAGAGAAGUCAUUAAAGCUGAUCCAUACAGUAGAGAAGACGGGGAAAUUAACUCCUGCAGUCAGGAAUUCAUUUCUCUCUGCCCGAUCAGUCCAGGAGCUGGAGGUCGCCUAUGCACCUUAUAAAACAGGCUCUAAGAGCAGUCUGGCUGAAAGAGCAAGAGCUUUGGGCCUGGGAGAUGUUGCUCUUGAUAUCCUAGAAGGUAGAAAAUAUUCUAAUUUUAAAAAUAAAAUUUUUUAUGAAAAUGUUGAAAAGGGGAGAGAAAAUCUUUAUCAAUAUUAAAAACAAAGUAAAACA